AUGGUAGUUCCGUCUUACGACUGCUCUGAGUGGUUUUCCCGUCUUCACGUGUUAAUUAUUGGUCCUGGUCUCGGUCGAGAUCCUUCGGCAAUUUCCAAAGUCGCUCGAAUCAUCGAAAAAUCACGGCUUCCGAUGGUUCUGGACGCGGACGGCAUCUUCGUGCUCGAGAAAAACCCACACAUCUUGAAAGGAAAAGAAAACGUGAUUUUGACGCCGAAUUUGCCCGAAUUCAAACGACUUUGUGAACUUGCAAGUCUGUCUGCAGAUUCGAAGGCUGAAGAGUUGAGUAAGGCGCUUUCAUGCACAGUUCUGCUCAAAGGAGAAGAGGACAGCAUCUCAAAUAGCGAAGUCUCGCUGAAAUGUGCUCAAACGGGCAGCCCAAGAAGAUGCGGCGGCCAAGGUGAUGUACUCUGCGGUCUUACUGGACUUUUUCUUUACUGGGCGUUGAAGAAAAAUCUUGAUCAACCGACUGUCGCUGCUUCUUGGGCAGCAAGUUACUAUCUAAAAAAAGCUUCGAAGAUUGCCUUCGAAAAGAAGUCAUACGGAAUGUCUGCUCAAACUAUCAUCGAGGAACUGCCGCUACUGAUAAAGCAAAAUAUUCCGGAAGAAUAA